UUUGCAACACUAAAACGGGUACAGCACUGGACAACACUCACGCCAGCUACGCUAAUAUAAUCGGCAUUUCAUUUGUAGAGAAAAUUUUAGUUUUUCACAAAUUAAUUUAUAAUUAACAUCUAAAGAUGCCAAAGGGACGCGUGAGCAAUGUGUGGCAGCACUACGAUAUCAACGAGGACUGUGAAAACUUUGCGAUAUGCCGCUAUUGCGGUAAUAAUAUAUCGCGUGGUGGCAUGGCCAGCAAUUUAAAGGGCAACAAUACCACAAAUUUGUGGACGCAUCUGCGCCACAAGCAUAGCGACGAGGUGGUCGUAAAUCCCGUGCAGAGCCGUCAGGGGCGUAUUAUUCCCAUUCUAAAAAAAGAGAAAACUGUGCGAAUAACUAAGGCCAAGCAACUGCGGGAGCCUUUGCAUGUGGCCAAGCCGAAGAUUGAAAGGCAGUCCACAUCGUUUGUUGCCGAGACCGGCGCACUCCCGCAGAAGUGGGAGGAGUAUGAGCAAAACGAUGGGAUCAGCGAGGACAUCAAGGACAUUAUCUACAGCGAAGAUCCGCUCUGCUACAGUCCCAUGCACGUUAUGGAGGAGGAGGUCGCCCUCGAGUCUGGCGAAAAGGUCACCGUGCUGAACCCCAGCGGCCAUAGCCGCGCCACCAUCAGCAGUGCCCCAGUCGUGGCCACUGUGGUGGCCUCGAACACCAACACGGCCAACGCGGCCAAACAGCUGAAGAACAACCUGGAGACAUCAAUCGACCGCCUGACCACGGUCAGCGAGCAACUGAGCUACAUCAUUCAGCAUAGCCACGAGGAACAUAUCAAGGACGAUGACUACUACUUCGCCCUGAGCCUUGUGCCCAGCAUGCGCCAGAUGUCGCUGAGCCGCAAGCUAUAUGUGCGCACCAAGAUCCAGGAGGUUAUCUUCAAGACGAGCGAGGAGGCCACCUCCGGCAAGGACGAAUGAAUAGAUUAAGUAUAAGCUACCAAGAAGUCGAAGAAACGAAAGCAACCAAACAGCAACAGAGACAGCUGUUUGAAUGGGUUCUUUCUCGUUUGGGUUUUGGGUAGCUGAAUUUAAUCGAUUAGGCUAAGUGUAUGACUUUAUGUAUUCUGUAGAUCCACUUAAUCAUCUUUUCUUUCAGCAUUAAUGUAAAAAUUGUUUUCACGAUAAGAAUAAACAUCCAAAUAAAUAUCUGGCAGAGAAACGCAAAAGAGCGAUAUAGUAGAACAAGUACAGUACAUUUUUAAUAUGUAUGACGUUUAUUUUAAAUAAAUUUUAUUUAAAUAACUUGUUAAGAUUUACAAAACAGAGAGCGUAGCUAGAUUAGAAUUAUAAUUAUUAUUUCUUUGUAUUAUAUUAUAAUUUACAAAUCGAUUUGCGGCUAAGGUCUGUCUAUGCCUAUUCUUAUAAAUAUGCAUAUGGAUUCGAUUCCUCUCGCUUUGUCCCACUGAUUUCGUCAGUGCUCUUGUGUAGAUCUAGAUCUAGAUCUAGAUCUAGACGUACAAGCAUACAAUACAUUAUAAUACAGAUUGCAAUAAAACUCCUACAAAUCGGUUAAUAAACAAUAAACUUAUGAUGUACUCGUA